AUGGAUAUUGAAGAUUGUUUUGAUACGUUAAAUGUUGAUAAAAAAAAAGAUGAUGAAAUUAAAGUAAAAGUAAGGACAAAAAAUGUUAAAAACAAAGAAGAAAUUGGUAAAUUAGAUAGUAUUGUACCAUGGACAAAAUCUGUUUAUGUCAAAACUUGGGGUUGUUCACAUAACAGUUCUGAUUCUGAAUACAUGAGUGGUCUCCUUUCUAAAGCUGGUUUUCCUGUUGUUAAAAAUAAGGAAGAUGCCGAUGUUUGGCUUCUUAAUAGUUGUACUGUUAAAACACCCUCUGAAACAACUUUUAUGAAUCAAAUUGCGGAGGCUAAAGGAAAAGGAAAAAAUGUUGUUGUUGCUGGUUGUGUAUCACAGGCUGCUCCAAAUGAACCAUAUUUAAAGGAUAUUUCUAUUAUUGGUGUUAAACAAAUUGAUCAGGUUGUCAAUGUAGUUGAAGAAACAAUUAAAGGAAAUACAGUAAGAUUAUUAUCUCAAAAAGGAAAAGAUGUACAGUUAUCAGCACCAAAAAUAAGAAAAAAUGAACUUAUUGAAAUUUUAGCUAUAAAUUCAGGAUGUCUUAAUAAUUGUACUUAUUGUAAAACUAAACUUGCACGCGGUGAUUUAGUUUCAUAUCCAUUGGAAGAUUUAGUUCAAACGGCAAAAAAUGCUUUUGAAGUUGAUGGAUGUAAAGAGUUAUGGUUAACAAGUGAAGAUUUAGGUGCUUAUGGAAGAGAUAUUGGUCUUGUAUUACCUGACUUAUUAAAAGAACUUGUAAAAAUAAUUCCUGAAGAUUAUCACUUAGAGGAAAUUGCAGAAAUUUUAAAUCAUCCUCGUGUUUAUUCAUUUCUUCACAUUCCCGUUCAGGCAGCUUCUAAUAGUGUAUUAGGGGAAAUGAAGCGUGAAUACACCAAAGAACAUUUUUGCCAAAUUGUUGACUAUAUGAAAGAACAUGUUCCAGGAAUAUAUAUAGCAACAGACUUUAUUUGUGCUUUUCCAACAGAAACAGUAGAAGAUUUUGAAGAGUCAAUGGAACUUGUAAGAAAAUAUAAAUUUCCUAGUUUAUAUAUUAAUCAAUUUUAUCCACGAUCUGGAACUCCAGCUGCAAGAUUAAAAAAAAUUCCAACACAAGAAGCUAGAAGGAGGACUGGACUGAUGACUGAUUUAUUUAAUACUUAUUCUAGAUAUGAUAAAAGUAGAAUAGGAAAAAUAGAAAAAGUUUUAGUAUGUGAAGUCGCUACUGAUAAGUCUCACCUUGUUGGCCAUAAUAAGACUUAUGAACAUAUUCUUGUACCAUAUAAAGAAGGACUUCUUGGAACAUGGGUAGAUGUAGAAAUUGUUGAAAUAUCAAAGUUUUGCAUGAAAAGUAAAGUAGUCAAUAAUACUGAUGUUGAUGUUAAUACAGAUAAAAAUAAUAAUAAUUUUAUGCAAAAGAUAGUUAGAAGUAAAAAAAAAAAGAAAAUAUUUGAAACGCCUCCAUAA